AUGAUGAUAUAUGGCAUGUUCAAGCUAAAAACUGGGACUCUUAAAUGGAUACACAGUGCAUAUUUAAAGAAUGAUGAUAUAUGGCAUGUUCAAGCUAAAAACUGGGACUCUUGGAUAUGGAAGAAGAUAUUGAAAGUCAGAGAUAAGUCUAUAAACAUUUGUGGAGGUGUAAACAACUUGUUGCUGCUCAUUCAAUCUUGCUCAGAUAAUUCAAGGAUCCAGCUUUCAGCAUUGUACAAUGCUCUCUCCCCUAAUUCUUCAGUAGUGUCAUGGCAUAGAACAGUUUGGGAGACUACAAACAUCCCCAGUCACUCCUUUAUUUGUUGGUUAGCAAUCCAAGAUAGGUUGCUCACUAUUGACAGACUGAUUAAAAGGGGGAUAGUGAACACUAACAAUUGUUGUAUGUGUACUGGUUCUGAAAACAAAAAUUAUCUCUUCUUUGAUUGUUGCUAUUCAAGAGAAGUAUGGUUAAAGUCAUGGAUUGGCUUCAGUUCAUGUGGCAGUCCUGUGAUUGGAAUCAGCUUAUGA